AUGGGCCUGCCCCGCGCUGCCCCGGGACGCCACCUGCUCAGCGAGGCCGCCAGCGCAGCGAGCGACGCCGGGGCACCAGAGGCGACGCACCGGCGCGCGGCCUGGGCAGGCGUGGGCGACGUGCGCCAGCAUCCGCUGGGCAAGCGGCCAGCGCCAGGGGCCCAUCCCUUCUUCAGCCGCGGGCGAACCAGCGGCGCGGUGGCCGCGGGCCUCGCCCGCGCAGUUUCUGCCCAGAGGCCGCUCGACAUUCAAGCCGAACCGCCGCGAUCGCGCGCCGCACCGCCGGCUCGCCUGGCAGCCGCGGAGCGAGUCGCAGCCAGCCCCCAUGAGCGCAGGGGGCCGCCGCCCCGGCGCGCGAAACGCCGCGGAGGCCCCAGGCGUGCAGCGCCCGCGCCGCGGCGGAAGCGAAGGCGCCCGGCGCCGCAGCGGAAAGCGGGGCUCCCGCUGAGACCGCUCGUGCUUUGCUUCGCAGACAAGCGCAAACACGCGCUGCAGCAGGUCCUGCCAAGGUGGGCCGGGGUCCUGGACACCGUCGGAGGGAGCGCCCGGAAGCUGUCGAACCGCCUUGGCCCCGACCUUGGGCCGCGGCACCAGGAGUGGGUCCUGCGGCGCUGGUCGGCGCGCACGCUCCAGAUACACGUGGCGAACAUAGAGAAGUUUCUCGCGUGGGCGUCCGAAGAGCGCCCUGGCGUGGAUCAUAGCAGUUUCCAAGAUCACGACGCGACAGCCGAGCUCCUCGUGAGGUACGUCAUGGACCUUCUGGACGGGGGCGCCGCCCCCACAGUGCCCGCGGCACGGCUGGAAUCCUUGCGAUUUCUUAAUCGCGCCGCUGGGCUGUCGCCACCGCUCCCAGCAGGCGAGGUCUGCGUCCAACACCUCGCGCUAGCCCACAGGCGAGAGGCCCCAGCAAGCGCGCGGCAGCCCCAGAUCUACACGGUUGAACAAAUCCGCAUGCUCGAGCGGUCAGCCACGGCUUUGCACAGCCCCAUGUACAGGGUAGCCAUCCGCACAGAGUUACGUGGCAUGCCGUGGAUUGCCCCGCUGCGCGGCGUGUCCCAGCCGCCCUCGUGCUGGGCCCGCGGCUACUCCGAGGACCUCGAGGCCAAGGCCAGCGGCCUGCAUUCUGCAAAACGCACCAUCCUCACGUGGGCGGGCAGCAGUGGCAUCUUCACAGACCGCGAGAUCGAGGUGUUGGGGCACCACCGCUCCUCAGGGAUCGGCAAAGUCGUCUGCGCUUGCAACGUCGCGGUGCUGGCAGCGCCGGUCACCAAGCUGCGGCAACUGCUCGAACACAUAGUGCAAGGGGCGUUCAACCCAGACGCGCCCGCCGGAAUGCAGUGGCGAGAGGGCGCCUACCCCGCCGCCCAGCCAGCGGCGCCAACGCUCGCCGCGGCCCCGCCACGCGAAAACCCCGAGGCGCCCGCCAGUGCGCCCGCGGCCGCGCCAGCCAACGGGCAGGCAGGCGCCGGCGCCGCGCCAGCGCCCCAGCCUGCGCCCGCCCACAUCCCACGGGCGGGCACGCCGCCUACCGCGCACGCAGCAGCCGCCGAGCGGGCGCGCAAUCCCGCGGAGCUGGCCCCGCUGGGCCCAUUCAGUCGCCCCCCUUGCUGCGCCGCCAGAGGCAAGCCGCGGCCCGGAGGUGGGCGCCGCUGCGCAGCUGCCGCAGCUGCCGCGACAGGACAUGGGUGCUCCGUGGUGCCGUCUGCGGGGGCAGGCACGCGGAGUGGGAGCAGCACCGUGGCCCCCGCGGUAGCGUGGCUCCCUGGAGAGACCGAGGCCACCUCAAGUGGAGCGCAGCGCCUCGCCAACAAACUCGGGUACCUCGUCGCCGAGACCGCCGGAGCGCCUCGUCGUCGAGACGCCACACGGGCCGUCACGAACCUGUGCGAUUUCGCUGUGGCCCAGGCGAAGUGGUCCCAGCAGUUGCCGGGGCCCACGUGCGAGUUCUGCAAGGUAUGUAAUUCCCGUUUGGGUAAACAGCGGUGA